AUGUCCAAUAAUUACUUGUCUCUAGAUUGGCGGAAUGGACCUCCUCCAAAGGAGAUUGUUCAUCGCCUCGAGCAGGUCUUUACAGAUGUUGAUGAUGAGACCAAGUCUGGGACGACUUUACGCCUAAGUCAGUCUACAGCAAAGAAAGCAUACUCUGUGGUGGAGAAGAAUGGCCAUCCCAUCGUGAUGCGCCAUGACAAUUCAAGCCACAAAGCAUACAAUGGUCAAGUUAAGUUCUGGAGUGAGGCAUAUACUAUAGCUGUUUCGCUAGUGGAUAUGCAGGCACAGGAGCAAAUGCUCAAGAUCAGAUUCAUCCAGUACAGAGAGGGCUUCCAUAUCUUUUCCAAAGUGAAAUAUGGCUGUCGAAGCAGCGCCUGGGUGAGCGAGAUUUCGGUUUGCUCGCUGCUUCAAAGCAUCGGCCCCUUCAGAGAUGAUCUUACGCAGUCACCUGCUUUGCACCGUCCUGAUUGGGAAGCUCAGUACAGAGCCGAUUAUCCUCGAAAGGAUGAUAGCGCUGUGGCCAAAACUGCCGACGAAUGGGAGGCUCGGUGUGAUCGAAAAAUUAUGCGGAAGUUUACUGCUGCCUCCGCGGCGGAUAAAUCACUGUAUAAGUCUUUCGAGCGGACCGGAUGGCUGCAAUACGAGCCUGGCCUAAAAGAGGAGCUGAGGACAAUGCUCAAACAGCCAAGCAAAUUUCGCCUAGCCGAUCUGACCCAAGUCAGCACUCGCUACUUGCAGACUUUUCUCGAGACGAAGAUCGAGGAGAAAAGUCCCGCGAAGACAGCGAAAGCGGCCGUUAAAGUGGAGGUUCGGGUCCCGGCGCGACGCUCUCCAGUUGGAGAAAGGUUCAAGCAAAUUCCUAGUCAGAUCCAGGACUCGGGCUCUGUGUCGUUGGCGAAGGCGGCGGUUGAAGAUAUUGCUUCAGCCGAGCCUGAGCUGACAGAAACUCAGCUUGAAGCGCUUGUGAGCGAUCCCGUUGCCGACAUGAUAUGA